AUGGCCCCGGUGCUGAGUCACAGUCACGGCCCUGGCCCCGCUCCCGCCCCCCCCACCGCGCUCACCGACACCGCGCGCGGGGCCGCGCGGGGCCUGUGCGGAGCGCGCGGGGCCGGGCCUGGCCGAGCCGCCGCCAUCUUGGACUGGGGCAGCGCCGCCACUUCCGCCCCCUCCGGAACCGCCUCCCGCGCGCCGGAACCGCCCCCCGCGCGCCGGAACCGCGCGCCUGACCCCGCCCCUUCCGCCGAGGCCCGCGGGAACGGCGCGAGGGUGUACCUGGACCACAACGCCACCACCCCGCUGGCCCCCGAGGCAGCCCAGGCCGUGCAGGAUGCCCUGAGCCAGGCUUGGGGCAACCCCAGCAGCGCUCACCCUGCAGGCAGGAAGGCCAAGGAGCUGAUUGGCAGAGCCAGGGAGAGCCUGGCACAGAUGGUGGGGGCCCGGCCUGAGGACAUCGUGUUCACCUCGGGGGGCACGGAGGCCAACAACAUGGUGAUCCACACUGCUCGCAGGCACUUCCUCGAGAGCCAGACCGGGGACAGCCCGGGGACACCGCACAUCGUGACAUCCAGUGUGGAGCACGACUCCAUCCGCCUGCCCCUGGAGCAGCUGGGCAAGGACAGCCUGGCAGAAGCCACCUUUGUGCCCGUGUCCCCGCAGAGCGGGCGGGCCGAGGUGGACGAUGUCCUCGCUGCCAUCCGGCCCAACACCUGCCUGGUGUCCCUCAUGUUGGCCAACAAUGAGACCGGCGUCAUCAUGCCCGUGGCGGAGCUGAGCCAGCGCGUCAGAGCCCUCAACCAGCGCAGGGCGGGGCAGGGGCUGCCCCGGGUGCUGCUGCACACGGAUGCGGCCCAGAUGAUCGGCAAGGGGCGUGUGGACGUGCAGGAGCUGGGCGUGGACUAUCUCACCAUCGUGGGGCACAAGUUCUAUGGCCCCCGCAUCGGUGCCCUGUACGUGCACGGCCCCGGCAGCACGGCCCCCCUGCACCCCCUGCUCUUCGGGGGGGGACAGGAGAGGAGCUUCCGCCCAGGCACCGAGAACACCCCGAUGAUCGCUGGCCUGGGCCAGGCUGCAGAGUUGGUGAGCAAGAACUGGGAGGCCUACGAGGCUCAUAUGCGGGAUGUCCGGGAUUACCUGGAGGCCAGGCUGGAGGCCUCCUUUGGGAAGGAGAGGAUCCACUUCAACAGUCGCUUUAAGGGCUCCAAGCGACUCUGCAACACCUCUAACUUCUCCAUCCUGGGACCAGGCCUCCAAGGGCACAGGGUGCUGGCUCACUGCAAGGUGCUGCUGGCCAGCGUGGGGGCCGCCUGCCACUCGGACAAGGGGGAGCGGCCCUCCCCGAUCCUGCUGGGCUGUGGGAUCCCCCCCGCCGUGGCACAGAACGCCCUGCGGCUCAGCGUGGGCCGGCACACCUCGCGGGCAGACGUGGACCUGGCGGUGCAGGACCUGCUGCAGGCGGUGGCACAGCUGGAGCAGCACCACGCUCCGUAGCCCUGGGCACCCUCCUGGCCAUCACCCAGUGGGCACAACUCCUCCUGCCAGCUCCUCCUGCUCCUCAAGGAAACAGUGGUCAGGGCAGCUGUCACUGUGCCAGUGCCUGAGGAACCCUGUCCCCCUGACACCGGGGGUCAG